AUGAUUGUGAUCAAGGCUUUCACCGUUCUGUCUCUUCUGAGCUCCUUCGCCUCUGCGCGCAUCAUCAAUGGCGCUGAGCACACGCCCUUCCGCGGCGCGAAUGUGAAGCGUGCUCUCGACAACUCGACCACCGAGACCACGCUCCAGGAGUACGAGUAUGUCAUCGUCGGCUCCGGCCCCGGCGGCGCUCCCCUGGCUGCCCGCCUCGCCAUGGCCGGCCACAGCGUCCUCCUCGUCGAGGCCGGUGGCGACGAGACCAACAGCACCCAGUACAACGUGCCCGCCCUUCACUCGGUCGCCGCCGAGUGGGAGCCCAUGCGCUGGGACUACUUCGUCAAGCACUUCGACGACGUCGAGGAGCAGAAGCGCGACACCAAGCUCACCUACACGCUCCAAGACGGCACCCGCUACACCGGCCCCAACCCGCCCGAGGGCGCCGAGCCUCUGGGCGUCCUCUACCCGCGUGUCGGCUCCCUGGGCGGCUGCUCUGCCCACAAUGCUCUGAUCACCAUGUACCCGCACGAGAGUGACUGGCAGUACAUCCAGAACAUCACGGGCGACUCGACCUGGGCCCCCGACAACAUGCGCAAGUACUUCAAGCGCCUGGAGAAGUCGCGCUACCUGCCCAACGCCAUCUCGGGCCACGGCUUCAGCGGCUGGCUCGAGACGUCGCUCACCGAGCUCACCCUGAUCGUCCAGGACCUGAAGGUCAUCUCGCUGGUGCUGGCUGCCGCCGCCGGCAUGGGCCAGACGCUGCUGGAGUCGCUCGUCACCACCGUCACCGGCCUGGCCGAGACGCUGCUGCGUGACCCCAACAACGACGGCCCCAGCCGCGACUCGGACGAGGGCAUGUGGCAGGUGCCCCUGGCCAUGAAGAUCCCCGAGUACAAGCGCGCCGGGCCCGUCGACCUGCUGAACGAGGUGCUCAACGCCAAGAACGACGACGGCAGCGACAAGUACAAGCUGGACAUCCAGCUCAACACGCUCGUCACCAAGGUCAACUUCGACACCACCGGCGCCACCCCCAAGGCUUCGGGCGUCGACUUCCUCACCGGCACCUCGCUCUACGACGCCGACCCGCGCCGCCAGUCUGGCUCCGCCAGCGGCAACAAGGGCACCAAGGGCUCCGUCUCGGCCACGCGCGAGGUCAUCCUCUCGGCGGGUACCUUCAACACGCCUCAGAUCCUCAAGCUUUCGGGCGUCGGCCCGCGCGACGAGCUCGAGCAGUUCGGCAUCGACGUGGUCAAGGAGCUCCCCGGUGUCGGCACCAACCUUCAGGACCGCUAUGAGAUCCCCGUCGUCGGCGAGGUUCCCACCAAGAUCUCGCUCGUCAAGGAGUGCACCUUCCUCGAGGGCGACAGCGACCCCUGCCUGGAGAAGUGGGAGGACCUCCCCGUCGAGAAGGGCGUCUACGCCACCAACGGCGUCGCCCUCGCCAUCACCAAGCGCGCGUCCAACACGGAAUACAACAACGCCGACCUCUUCAUCGCCGGCUGGCCCGCCUACUUCAACGGCUACUACCCGGACUUCUUCAGCAACGCGACGGCAGGCUCGAACCACUGGACGUGGCUGACGCUCAAGGCGCACUCGCGCAACAACGCCGGCACCGUCACCCUCCGCUCUGCCGACCCGCAGGCCAUGCCCGAGAUCAACAUGCGCAACUUCGCCGUGGGCGGUGACGAGGACCUGCAGGCGCUGGUCGAGGGCAUGAAGUACGGCCGCCAGGUCUUCCAGGACUUGGUUCCGCUCGACGGCAAGUUCACCGAGGUCUGGCCCGGCGACCAGGUCCAGACGGAUGAGGAGUGGAAGGAGUUUGCCAAGUACGAGUCCUGGGGCCACCACGCUUCGUGCACUUGCCCCAUCGGCGCCGAUGACGACGAGAAGGCGGUGCUCGACACCAACUUCAAGGUCCGCGGCGUCGAGGGUCUCCGCGUCGUCGAUGCUUCGGUGUUCCCCAAGAUCCCUGGCACCUACAUUGCUGUGCCCAUUUACAUGAUCUCGGAGAAGGCGUCGGAUGUCAUCAUCGCUGAUGCCAAGUCGUCGUCGUAA